AUGGAAAACCAGCUGUGGCAGGACACCCUGGGGUGCCACAUUCAGUACCAAGAAAGCCCCCAGGAAGCGGAAGACAUCCUAUUCCUGCUGCUGGGCCUCAUCAUUCUUGUCAACAUCAGCGUCAACAUGGCCACUGUGAUGUGGCAUGGGCUCCAGAAUGCCUUGGACAAAAUGGUCUGUUGGAUAAACAAGAAAAUUGAAGGCCAGGCUAGUGACGGUUCCCUCAAAGAUGCCGCAGCCAAGGCCCAGGACAUCCACAUCCACUGCACUCUGGACCCCGUACAGGUGAAGAUGGCCCGACCCACGCGCUGCUCGUCUUCCUCCUGCUACUACCUUCGCAAGUGCCGCCGCCGCCGCCGCCGGCGUCGCCCACGAGGCUGCCAGGACCCCCAGCAGAGCCCCUGGAGCCGGCGGCCGCUCGCCCUUGGCCCGAAGCCCCAGCGCCGCGAGCUGCCGCCGCCCGCGCCCUUUUUCGACCUGGAGGACCGAGACUCCUCUCCUCCGGAGGACGACCUGUUGGUGCCACCGCCCAAGUGCCCGCAGCGGGCCUGCGACGGGCUCUGCAAACCCGUGGCUCUGGCCUCGGGCGUGGGGCUGUGGGGCCGCCAGGGCGGCAUCCUGGCCAGCUUCCCGCUGCCCUCCCUCUACCUGUCCCCGGAGCUGCGCCGCUUGCCCAAGCGCGUGGAGGCCAAGUCGGAGCUAAGGCUGCAGACCUUUGCGCCCCACUGUCCGCAGCCCCCGACCCUGGGUAAUGUGGAGGCUGAUCAGUGGGCCUCGUCCCCACUCCCUCCCCGCCGGCUGCUCCCCAACCCCUCCUGGGUCGCAGCGGGGCUCGGCCCCUGCCCUCCAGGAGGCCACGUCCUGCACGAGGCCUCGGAGCAGAGGAGGCGUGGCGGGCCGGGCCCCGAGCCUCCAGUGGCCUUUGUGUCCAGGCACUCCCGGUCAGAGGCCCAGGGUUACCGGGAGCACAGCUCCCCGCAGUCCCAGGGGAGGAGCAUCCUCGGCUACACUCACAGCCAGCCCAACCGCACCCCACCGCAAUCCACGGGACCCCUGGGGUACAGCUCCCGGGAUUCUCACGAGGCACGCCAUCGGACGGCUGACUGGGCCGAGGUCAUUAUGUCCACUCGGCACCCUCUGGCCACCUCCACCUCCCUCACAGCCCUGGCUGAGGCCUCAUAUCAAAGAGCCCCGGCUGCCAGCUCAGGCUUGCUCCUCCACUCUCCUCAGCCCUCGCCAGAAACCCAGGCUGAUCCCACCCCACCUCCAAGUGCCUUCGUGCCGCUCAGUCGGAGCCCGGGGGGCGCUGCCAGCUACCAAGUGUACGACAGCCUGGAGCUAAAGCGGCAGGUGCAGGAGAGCAAAGGAAGGGCCAGCUCCCUGCCGCCGCCUUCCGCCUCGGCCUCGAGGCCCUCUCUGCACAGAAGCCGGACGGGGAAACUCAGCUGA